AUGGGAAAAAACUAUAAGAAUUGUUCAAAGAGUUACUCAACACCAAGAAGACCUUACGAAAAGGAAAGAAUUGAUAAUGAAUUAAAAGUCGUAGGUACAUUCGGUUUAAAAAACAAAAGAGAAGUGUGGAGAGUAUAAAUGGUAUUAGCUAAAUUCAGAAAAGCAGCAAGAGAAUUAUUGACUUUAGAACCAAAGGAUCCCCGUAGACUUUUCGAAGGUUCUGCCUUAUUAAGAAGAAUGAUUAAAUAUGGUUUACUUUCUGAAAACGAAAAAAAGUUGGAUUAUGUUUUGGGUUUAACAUUACACAAAUUAAUGGAAAGAAGACUUUAAACUAUUAUUUUUAGAAAAAGUUUGGCACGUUCCAUCCAUCAUGCCCGUGUUAUGAUUAGAUAAAGACACAUUAGAGUCGGAAAAAAUCUUGUAAAUGUACCCUCAUUUAUGGUUAGAACUGACUCUGAAAAGCUUAUCAGUUUUACUUCUACUUCUCCUUUCGGAGGUGGUCGUGAAGGAAGAACUAAAAGAAAAGCUUUGAAAAAGAAAAAAGAUUGAGAAAUGGAAUUUUCAGAAAAAAUAUAUUUAUUUGUUUUUUUAAAUAAAUAAUUAAUUUAAUGUUUUUAAAAAAAUAUAUUUUUUAUUUAUUUUCAUGUUUUUAAAGUAUAAAAUUUUUUAUUUAAACUUUAUAAAU